AUGGGGGUUAGCACCGUCUACUCAGACAAUCUUUUCCUCCAGCCGUUUCCACAGAUCAGCUGUUAGAUUUAUUUGAUUGUCUUGAUGUUUUAUUUUUUUUGUAUUUGUCGUGCUGAUUGCGGAAUGGCGAAUAAACACUUGAAAUGAAAUGAAAUGAAUGAAUCUUGAUAUGUAGGGGAAGCUGUAGAAGAUCUGAUUUAGAAAAAGUUGUAGAUGAAUUUCAUUAUGUUGAGGAAGCUGUUGAUCAUCUUGAAAAUUUAGGAGAAGUUGUAGAUGAUCUUUUCUUGUAGGGUAAGUUGUAGAUGAGCUUGAACAUUCAGGUUAAGUUGUAGAUGAUCUCGAUUAUGAAGGGAAGCUGUAGAUGAUCUUGAUUCUGUAGGAGAAGUUGUAGAUUAUCUCGAAAAUCUAGAAGAAGUUUUAGAUGAUCUUCUUCUUGUAGAAUAAGUUGUAUAUGAUCUUGUUUAUGUAGGGGUUUUCAGAAGAAGUUUCCUGUUGUGCGGAGUGAUAAGCAUCAUCCCGGCGUUGUUCUUCCCAAUGUGCGUCAACGCCAAAACCUACCUUUUGGCCUGUGUUUUGAGAAUUUUCCAAGGUUCCUUUCUGAAUAUUCUCAUAAGCCUACUAUGACUCUUCUCAAUUCUUUUUUCUUUCAUCACUUUUUAGGUUCAAGAAAAAAAAUGGUAGGACCGAAUACAGAAUCCCGCGCUUUUAAGUGGCUUUUUCGUGACCUAAAUUUCCUGAAAACUCGAAAAAUGCAUUUAUUGUCAUGUUACUAAAGUGAGCUCUUUAUCCAGGCUGCUCCCUGGCCAUUUUCAUUCCCUACGUCUGCAAACUUUCCGUUUUUCUACCUUUUGAUCAUCUGGCGAUCCCCGCUAUCGCCUUCGCCUACACGCAGGUGAGUCCUAACUCGUUUUCUGACUUGUCUGCGCUCUCUUUUCUCUCUUCCGCUAAGUUACGAAGCACUUGGAGAUAAAGAAAGACAAGUCAUGCAGUCAAAAAAGAAGAAAUUGAGAUAUCGGAAAUCUUCGCUCCACCGCUCUCGACCAUCCUCUCGAUGACGUCAUUCGGCUGGCACGCUCCUCAAUAUGCGGCCUGUAUCAUCAUCUUCAUUCUCUUCCUCCUCUUCGUUUUGAUUCAUUUCGAUGAAGAUUUCAAAUAUCGCGCUUCCUCGAUCGGAUUUUGUAAUGUGAGAAGAAAAAUAUGAUUUAUCGAUUCGUAAAAAAAAAACUUCAGGCCAUGUUCGAAUAUGAGAGAACCCGGUCGAGAACUUUCGACCUGCGCAUUCCCUAUUUGUCCAUUUAUCAGGUCUUUUUGAACUUUUUUUUUUGAGUUUGUAUAAAAAAAAAGACUGAAAACUGUUUUCCAGUACAAACUUUGACUUCAAUUUGAGGCUUGUGAUAAUUUGCAAAUCAACAUAAAGUGGAGUAUCGUUACAAUUAAUUUGUCGGAAGCAGGUCCAUUUUCCUACGUUUUUUCCAACUUUUCUUCGUUCUUUUUAGAUUCUCGAGUUUAUUUUCUUGCUUAAAAAAAAUUUUUGAAAGAAUUUGAAGGCACAUGGGUCUGUGAAAUUUCGAUAAAACUUGUCCAUACCUUUUGAAAAUUUUUCAAAAAUCAUUUCAGAAUUUGGUAUCAAGUGAUAUAUUCACGAACAAUUUGGUAGACUUCCCGAGAAUUCAAGGUUUUUUAAAGGCGCAUGGGCGCAUUUUCAAUAGGUCUUGAAGCGAAAAGUUCCUCUCCGUGGCAUUUAAGGUCACGGUUACGUUUUUAAAAUUCGAUCCAACAAGGAUUUAAGAAACCUUGAGAAAGAAGCUUAGAUUUAGGGUAGGAUAAUAAUACCUGACAUCAAUCAAAAGUAUUUUUUUUCAAAAAGGCUAGCGAAAAAUUUUUUUUUAAUUCUCGAACAAUGCUCGAUAUCAAAAAAGUCAAAAUUCGCUUCAGGAUUUCCGAAUCUGGGUUAUUUUUUUCUCCUCUUUCGCUUAUGGCUGUGCCCUCCAACUUUUCCUUCAGUUUGGCCCGACUUUUCUCCACAAGGUCUAACUCAAAAAUUAUUUCUUAAUUUGAAUAAAAAAAAAGCUUUUUCCAGGUUGUUGGGCACGAUGAGUUUUCCGCCAGCAUUAUCACAAUGUUCGCCCCGGUUUCAAAUAUCCUUGUUACAAUUGUAUCAUUGGUGAUGUAUUCGAGACUUGCGUGAGUUUGAUGAAAAUAUUAGCCACAAAAAAAAACUUCUUCAAAAAAAGUUUUAAAGGCGCAUAGGCCGGUUCUCUGUAAAAAAUUGAGGCGAAAAAUCAAUCUCAGAUACUUUUAAGGUCAUUUAUUGUUUUUAAAUCUUCGCAGCAUUGAUUUCGAACGAAAUAUUAGCCAAAAAAACGAGGUACAUUUUUGGAAAAAUUGAGGUAUUUUAAAGGCACAGAGGCUGGUUUUAAAAAUAUUUUAAGGCGAAAGGCCAUUUUCAUGGUUUUCAAAAGUGUGUGUAUUGAAUAAAGUAAUAGCUAAAGCAAAUAAGGGACGAAAAUUUCUGUAGAAAAUCCGAGCUUUCGAGGUUUUCUUAAAGGCGCAUGGACUUGUUUUCAAUAGGUCUGGAAGCGAAAAUUAAUUAUCAGUAGCAUUUAAGGUCAUUUUUGCGUUUUUCAAAAAUCCCCCUCGGCAAAGGUUUUGAAUGAAGAAAUAGUCAUAAAAGCAGCGACAAAUAUUUUGAGAGAAAAUAGAGAUUUAGAGGUCUUUUAAAGGCGCAUGGGCUAGUUUUUAUAAAGUCUUGGGGCGAAAAGUCAUUUUCAGUGGCAUUUAGGGUUACUGGAGUGUUUUAAAAAUCCAGCGAAAUUUUUGAGUAAACUAUAAAAAGAAGCUUGGAUUUGGGGGAUAUCAUAAUUUCUUAAUUCUCUUUUUUCUAACGCUUAUUUUCGAAUCGGCUCAUGUAACUCAAUAAAUUACUCUCUCAGGAACACGGAAACGAACAAAAUGCGUUUUUUCAACACGGUUGGAUUCGUAGUUUGCGGGGUUUUCCUCUUCGCGAUGGGCUGGUUCGACCCAAUCAAGCAUAACAUUCUUAUCACUGUGAGUUUUUUGUUUAAAAAUAUAGCUGGUGAGAAAAAGUUAUCAAUGAAAUGCGCUUAUUGGAAGCUUCGUGGUAAAUGGCAAAAAAAAAAUUAAAAUGAAAGAGCAUUUUAUCUGCACCCGACCUUCCGCGACUUUGUGAUGUGUCAGAGAAAAAGAAGCCGAGAUUGCUCGAAAAAAUCAAUAACUGAGUCUCUAAUAUUCUCACGAUAAUUAAAAUUAUUUUUCUCAUUAAUUUGUGAUUGAUUGGCUCAAGACAACCGGGAAUAAUGAAUAGCGAAACGCGCAAGUCGCGAAUGGUCGGGUGCCUUGAAAGAAGCUAUUCGGUAUGGAAGCCAGUUUAUAAUUUUGGACGAAGUUUCCUCCCUGAUUCUGAGCUCUAAACUUUUGGCCCAAUAGUUGCAAAAUGGUCGAUUCCUCCCUGACUUGAAAGAAGAUGGGCGAAGGUGACGCAUUGCGUGUGCGACGCGGCUUAUGGCGGGAAACUCGAGGUCGAAUAUGAUCAUAGAAAAAUUUAGAAGAAAAAUAUUUGUAUAUUCACCUGAGUCUAAAUAAAACGUUAUCAAAAAACUGUCAUGAAAUGAGAAAAAAUGAUGUUCCCGGCCAAAAAACCGCGCCGCGCACGCAACGCGUCACACUUGACAAUCAACCCAUCUUGCCAGUCAAGUCAGCAAAAAUGACUUUUCAAAAGGAAUUUUCUUGCCAGCUGAUGUUCGUGAUGUCGUCCUCGAUGUUGGGCUGUUCCUACGCCGGCCAUUUCCGGAUGAACCAAAUGCGCGCCGGUCAUCUGCACCUUUUCCUUCUGGUCAACCUCUUUUUCGUCCAGUGCGCCGCCAUGUUCACUUCGUCGCUGCUCAAUGUUCUCAUCGCUAAGAACACGGAUUAUGGUCGGUGAGAUUGUUGCUGAGGAUAUUACAGUCUGUGUGCAACGACUUGGAAUUUCCCCGAACGACAUUCCGCUGUUCCGCUGCGUGCGUUCGCGAAGCGUCUUUCGAAUCUAGGUCACGCUUUGAAUUGAUUGUUAUUGCUGUGGGAGCACAGGAAAGUAGAGCACUUUUAUAAAAGAAAAAGAAAUUCAAAGCGUGAGCAAGGUUCGCAAAGGCGCGCAGCGGCACAGCGGAAUGUCGUUUGGAAAAUUCCAAGUCGGGGUGCACAGGCUAUAGAAAGAUCCUCAAAAGUUCACAUAAGUUGGGUAUAUUUUCAAAGACAUAGGACAACUCGACGUUAAGAAAUAUAGUUAAUCGUUCAUCUUAUUUUCUAUAGCCUUUAGCGCAAGUAGCUUUUCGUCGAACGCGGCUAAAAGCUCUUGCGUCGCUUUUUGUUGCAUUUCUGCGGCCUUUUGAAGCCUCGGGUGGAUAUUGGCUGCUGAAAAAAGAGGCUCAAAAAAGGACGCAGAAAGGCAGCAAAAGGAACAUUUACAUGGAACUUUUUCCACCCUUUCCGACUUUGCCUAUGAACGAGAUCUUGAAAAAUCCCGAAUCCACACCUCCUCAUUAGAAUCUUCAGCCUCCUGGUCAGUACUGUUCAUCGUGCACGCAGUUCUGCUAAUUUUGGCCAACCUGGUCUUUUGCGUUUUCUGUUCGGCGGAACGCGCUCCAUGGGCAAAAGAAGGCUACGAAGACACUUCCAUUGA